AAAAAGAUAAACCAUGUAGGUUAAAUUAGGCUACGACAUACGUUCUUGAAUAAAUAUUGAAAUUCUAAAUACGUAAGACAAGAAUGACAGGUUGAACGUGUGUCGUGUUUUAAUCCCAGUUACUCAAAUGUAAACAUUCGUUCAGUUUUGUCAACAACAGUUCUAGAUUUUGAAAAAGUUUUCUGAAAAAAGCUAAUAAAACAACAUUUUUUUCUAUUGAUUCUUGAAAAUUAUAAUAUUUUCAUUCUUCCCAGUAUCAAAUCAACCGGAAUCAAUAAAAAUUAUCCGAUGUUUCAUUGAAAAUAGGUCGCGAUCAUUAAUUUUCUUGAAAAAAAACACAGGGUCGGUACAGCGAAAAAGCCGUAGGAGUUAAAAAGGAGUAUUUAUUAUUUAUUUAUUAAUGUAUUCUCAAUUUCAAUUGGACGUACUGAAGAAGAAAAAAUGCAUUCGAGCACUUGUGGCGAAUUAUUUUGCAAAGGUGUCAGUAGUCGGUUUAAAUGGGUUUCUUGGGUGUGAGGAUGUAAGAAAAUCACUGUAAAAAUGAAUAAAGACAAAGCGCCAAAGUCAGAGAGAAGCAGGAGGCCGCAUCCACUAAAUGCUAACAGAGUUCCUCAUCCACGGCCUCCUCCUCAAUCUGCCCCUCAACAACCACCAACUUCUUCAGGUUCCAUUUUUGGUUCUCUAAGACGCCUCAAAGUCACAUCUACACCUAAAAAAACCGAGUUAGAUAAGAAGCCUGAUAAAGCAAAAACAAAGAAAAAUAAUGAUUUAGUUGAAGAAGAAUCUACGACAAAAAAUAUUGAUAAUAAUGGUAAUAAUGUUGCUACGGUUUUGUCUUCUACAACAGUCGAUAGGGUAGAAGCAAGAAAAAAAACCAGAGAUAAUGUAAAAAGUGUUGUUGAAAUCCAUAGAAGACCGGCAGAAUUUAGGAGGGCAGCUCCUCCUGUUCCUAGCGGACUGAGAAAAGAUAAAACCAAAUCAUCCACUGUAUCUUUACAAAACCUACUUAGAACUCCGGCAAAAGCCACUCAGAAUCAAGGAUUGAAACCAAAGAGACCCAUUACUGUUGCUAUUCCGAGUAAUGUGACUAUAAGAAGAGGACAUAAGGAAGGGCAAGCUCAUCCUGAUAAUAUUUCCCGAACAUCAUCGAUAACAAAUUUAGACUCUUUGGAGUCCAAUUUAAGUUCCGGUAAAGGAGCAAAGCCUAGGAAAGUUUCUUCAAAAGAGAGGAUCGAUAAACAAGGACAAGAUGGUAAAAAAGUUACCAAAAACAAUAAUAAACUAGAACCACCCCAGCCAGUUGGGCCACCAUUGUCCUACUCCUCAGAUUCCUUACAAGAAACUGAGUUACAACAGCUAAAGAAGCAGCUCAGGGAUAUGGCAGACGAGAAGAGUUCGUUGGCGUUGCAGCUGGGAGAACAUCGAGGGCAGCUGAAUGUUUUGCAAAAGGAAAUUUCAAAACUAAAGUCUUUCCAAGAUGAAAGCAACUUAGAAAUGGGAAAAUUAUCGGAAGAAAACACCUUGCUAAGAAAUCGUUUAAGGGAUGUAGUUCAUUCUCCACUCAGUGACAACGAAAAGCAGCAAUUAUUGUUCGAGACUAGGCAUCAUAGCAGUGCUCCAGCUUCUAUAGCAACAAAUGCUAUGGAUGAUCAUGGAGGUGAUACAACGGCUUGCACGACGCCAGACUGGGACAAACAUUCCAGUGGCAAUUUAAGUGAAGUAUCAGUGGCCUGUUUACAAGAUAAAAUCAAUCAGAUGCAAGAGACCCACUAUAGUACAAAUGAAGAACUUCAAGCUACCCUACAAGAACUCACAGAUCUCCAACGCCAAUUGACAGAACUCCAACAAGAAAAUGAACGACUGAACGAGGAAAAGACUUUAAUGUUUGACAGUUUGUGCAGACAAACUGAAAGACUCAACGAUUCCAGACAAGAAGUUGAAAAUUUGAAACAGCUUCUUUACAGAGAUCGAUCAGAUGAAACUGGUAUAAACCAACUUGAAAGCGCUGCGGAACGAGAACAAAAGUUAGUAGAACUUUUGAGAUCUGCCCAAGAAGAACGAGAACAAUUGUUACUGAAACUUGAACAAAUUCAAGGUGAUUUACACGAAUCGAGAACAGAUAACAUAGACAAGACUGAAACAAUAUCCCAACAAAAUGAACGCGUAAGGACUCUAGAAUGUACUUUAGACGCCAAACAUGCCGAACACAAUCAACUCGAUCAGGAAUUAGCGCAGGCCAAAGACCAAUGUUCAGGAAGGCAAAUUGAAAUCAAUAGAUUGUCCGAUUUGUUGGAAAAUGCUAGGACAAAGAUUAUUGAACUUGAACAAGACCGAGCUUUAGGCGACAAAAGCGAACUGGAUGAAUUAUUGGAUAAUGCUAGGAAAGAAAAAGAUCAGCUGGAAUCUGAAGUUGCUUACUUGAAAGAACAACUGGCAAGAAGCAAGAAUGAAAUUGAAAAAUUGAAGGAGCAAGUUUUUGUAUUACAAGAAGAAUGUAAAGUAACUAGAAACAACGCGAAAACAACACAGGCGGACCUAGAAUACAAAUCUGAAAAACUGUCAUCUGAAAAAAGUGCACUUGCAGACCAAUUGCAACAAUUUCAGGAGGCGGUCAAUGAACUUCAAGUCCAAGCUCAGUGUCAUUUGGAAGACAAGAGGCAACUUUCGACAGUGUUGUCAGAGACUCAAAGAAAUAUGAGCGAAGCGGAACGGAAAAACUUGAAUUUGGAGAAUGAGUUGCAGGAAUUGAAGAAACUUAGAGCUGAAGAGAAUGAUGAAUGGGAAAAAUUCCAAAACGAUCUACUAACUUCGGUACGAGUAGCCAACGAUUUUAAAACUGAAGCGCAGCAAGAGCUUCAAAAAAUUAUUUUAGAAAAUAAAACUUAUAGAGAGAAAGUAAGACUGUUAGAAGGACAAGUGGAGAAACUUAAAGGUGAAAAAGUCUCCACUACCACACAGACAGACAUCAUUUUAACGCCACAAAUUAUUAGUUUGGCCAGAAAUGUGGAUCUUUCCCUACAUAACAGAUUCUCAUUGCAAGAACAUUUAACUACUCCCACUGAAAACAUGGAUAAAUUAUUUCCAAUUCUGAGUAGACGAAGUAAAAGUAAAGAGAAUAUUGCCGACACAAGUAUAUAUAAAAGCUCUGAACGUUCAAGUAAUAAAAAGCUGAAAAGUGGAGACAACAGCCUUGAAAGAAGACAGAAAUCUUCAUUAAAAAAGAGCAAAAGUAAAGAUAGCUUAGAACAACUAGCUAUUGAAUCAACAAGCCAACUUAAACCUACUAAAAGUGAAGAAAACCUCACUGAAAUUGACUCUAAAUCAAAAGGAAAUAGAGGAUUUUUAAAUUGGAACAAGAGUAAAGAUAAUUUGGAACAAUAUGGGGCAGAACCUUCAAAUACCCCCAAGGAGAAAAAAAGCUUCUUUAAAAGAAACAAAAGUCAGGAAAGUCUCGACAAAAUUGUAGAUUUGCCAAGAAAAAGCAUAGAGUCCUCGGACAGCAACAAAUCGGAACCGAAACAAACCGAAUUUUUUGGAAAGUUUAUCAAAAAACGUGAAAAAAAGCCUCCAAAUCGCUCCCACGUAAAGUUCAUGUCUGUAGAAGAAGAAAUGCUUCUGAAAUCCUUAGGCAAUUGGUACGAUAACAUUGACGAAAACAUCCCAGACGAAUUACUUUCUGAAGAAGACAGAGCAGUUAGAAAAUUAAAAAUUCUAUUUGAAAACGAAUCCCUGAAAGAAAAACCUAUGGCUCACAAACCCAAAGAGCAUUUAGCCAUAAGCAAACCCUUAUUGAAUUCUGUGGUUUUGAACCCUAAACUAGAACAAAUUUGCAGAGACCCCAAAUUGAUAAUAGUUGACAGUGAAGUGAGGCAAAGUGCUCUUGAAGAACCACAUAAAAGUGAAGAAGUUUAUACAAAUAUUGGACCACCUGGAGGUGGAAUUUAUAAAAGCAAAAGUCUAGAUGAUAUUAAUGUGUUUGAAGAGUAUAGAACUGAGUCUGAAAUGGCUCCAGUACUGUAUAGACCAGUGGUAACCAAUAAUCUUACCAUUGAAGAGCAUUCAAGUAUCAAAUAUAAUCAGAGGUCCAGUGAUAUUCAACCAAAUGAUUCAGCAUCAAACCCAAGAUAUUCUGCAAAAUACUAUAAUCUGCCUAAACCAAAUAUUUAUAUUAAUUAUGAAAAUUUAGAUGAAAUUGUUGAUAAAAUUCCUAGAAAUGUAUCGCAAAAUAAAUUGACAGAAGAACAAAAGUUUGCUCUGAAAUUGAAGGAAGCUUUAGAUGAGGCAGAGAAAAAAACUACUUUGAAGAAAAUUACAAAAGGUUCUAUUAGAGGAAUGGACAUUAGUACUCCCACUAGAGAAUCUGUAGAAAGAAAUUGGAAAUUGAAAGAAAUAUUAUUGAAUCCUGGAAUUAAAAAAGCCGAAGAAUGGAAGAGACAUAGUACUGAUAUUAGUAGUGAUUUGGGGAGCCCCCGUGCACGACACAAAAGUAUAGAUCUUCAAAAAACUAAUAUGAGUAAAUCUCAUGAAGAUAUUUCUUUCUCAUUUGUUCCAGAAAAUACUUUAUUGAAUAUGUAUUUCGGUGAGAAAGUGCAAGAAUCAAAAUUCAAUUCUGAUGACACAAGCUCAUCAAGUCAAUCAUUUACCAGUGGUACUUUUAAUCUUGACACAGGCAAUAUUGAACAAAAAUGUGAUAUUCUAGAAGUUCCGAAAUCUUCAAAACGUGACUUUGAAGAAGAUCUGUUGUAUAACGAUACCCUUAACAAAACAAAAGAAGCUAAGGAAAAACGGCUUUCAAAAGACGAGCAUCCAAAAAUCAAAGAAGCCAAAAAUAAUUAUAAAACUGAAGUGCAACUAAUGUUGAAACAAAUUGACACUGAUAAGCUGCGAAGUAGCUUGAGAAAGCAGCGAUUAGAUGCUGAUGAUUUGCAAAAGAAAUCGGAAGCGUAUAAACUGGUUCUAGAAAAGCCUGUGAAUAAUUUUAUAAAGCAUGAACAAGAGUUUGCUGGUAAGAAUGAUGUUGAAGCAAAGUCAUUUGAAGUUGAAGAUAGAAGAAGUUUGACAGUUGAUCAAACAUUCCAUGUUGAAGAAACAAAUAAUGUUAGUUCUUUUGAUAUACAAUUUAAAGGCCCUGCUUCAGAUCAAGCUCACAGUGUACAGAAAAAUAUCAAGUACCAAACACCAAACAGAGAUUCAACCAGUUCUAGUUUAGCUGAACCAAAAACUAGAGAACAAAAUGAAAUUCAACCUAUUCAAAAACUAGAUUUUGAACAUGAUGUGGUCUACCAAAUAUCUACAACUACUGAAUACUCCACAAGCUCUGUGAAUAUUGCUCAAAUAACUGGAUCCAAUAUAAUAGUUGCUGAGAAGAAUAAACCUCAGCAUGUUCAAAAAUUGAUUCACGAAAAUACAGCUUCUAUAGAAAAUGAUCAAAUUGUUGAAACAGAUACUACUGAACAAAAUGUUCCUCAAUAUUCUACAAGCUCUGUGGAUGCUGCUGAAAUAACUGAAUCAAAUUCAAUUAUGGAAAAAUUGGAAAAGAACGAACUUCAGCAAUUGAUUCACGAAAAUGUGUUCUAUCAAAAACCAAACAGAUAUUCCAUAAGUUCUGUAGACAAUGCUCAAAUCACUGAACCAGAAAUUAUUGAACAAAAUGAAACCCAAAGUAUUCAAAAACAAGAUUCGGAAAAUGUAGAUUUUGUUGAGACAACCAAACCGCUGGAAGCUACAAAAAAUGUAGAGAAAAAUGUUGACGACCCUACAGAAAAUCUUCAAGAAGUCGCUGAUAUUUCUACAAGUAAUGUUACAGAAGAUGAUGCACUCUAUACAGAACAUUCAGAGUCCAGUAUGCAAGAAGUUGACGCACCAAUACCUCAAGAUUAUGGCUACAAACAAAUCCUAAAAGAAAACCAAUAUGGAGUGGUGUCCCCUCUUGAUCUUAGGUACACUUACAGAACUGUGGUUAAAGAGUACAAAGGUAAAUAUCCUCCAGAAGAUAAAACUUCCGAUGAUUCAGAAUCUCUGGAUGAUUUUAUUGAUGAAUAUUUUGACCCUAUUGAAGCGUUGGACAGUGAAGAAGGGCCUGUUAUCGAGGAAAUUCCUGGUGAUGAUGUAACUAUAAGAAAACCUGAUUCUAUGUCACAAAUUGAUAAAGAAAUGCACGAUAUUAUGGAUAAAUAUUUGCACACUAGAGCGUCAUUACUGGUGAAAAAAAUUAAUAAUAAUGAUACAUCAGAGCAAAAAAGUAAUUUGAAAAAAUACCAGAAUUUUGAAGAUUUACAAGCUAUUGAAAGGAGAAACGAACCUGAACCUCUUUCAGCAAAAGAUCUUCAAUUUAUUGAGGAAAUGAAAGCUAAAUAUACUAACGACCAUUAUAUUGCUUCUCCAGCUAUUGUAAUAGAAGAAGAACAAUCAGAAGUUAAAAGCACACACUCUGUUGAGGAUAUUGAAGAGUCUGAAUCUAUUCAAGAUCAUGAUAACAAUGCACGCCUUUCCCUUGAAGACCUUCAGUUCAUUGAAGAAAUGAAAGCCAAGUAUGCAUCAACUGAAACGAUCUCUACAAGUCCUGAUAAACAUUUAGAAGAAUCUAUUUCAAAUUUGAGACCUCCAAAGACUAGCAAAUCUCAAAGACCUUUAUCAGAAAUCAAUGCUGAAGAUUUAAAAUUUAUCGAAGAGAUCACUAGAAGGACUAUGAGUGAUGAUACAGGAUCAACACAUGAAAAUUCGAUGUUAAUAGAGGAGUUGAGAAACGAAUCUGUUCCUCCAUUACCAGCAAGUCCAAUACCAUCUGAGAUAGUGGCUUAUGAAUCCCGAACAUUAGUUGACUCAGUAACAAGUACAGCUUUAUUGACUUCUGAGAGAGAAGCUCAUCUACCUCCCAGUCUACGCCCCAAAAAACCUACUCAAUUGCCCCUUCCUCAAACAUCUUAUAGCAAUAUUGAUUUGCGAAAUAAACAGCAAAGACUCAGCUACCAAGAGACUCCUUCCUCAUCAAAAGCAAACUCCAACAAACGACUUUCAGAUCUCAUGUUCAAAGAAACAAUUUUCGUGCCACUAUCGCAAAAUCCUGAUUAUCCUAAAUCUCCGAAAUAUAAACAAGAUAACUCUUACAAAGAGAAAUUAUUUGUUGCCAGUCCAGAAUCUACUCUAGCCAGUAAAAUUCCGACUUUGAAAAAAGAAACCAAAGAAUCUCCAAACAAACAAAACGUUGAAAUUAAACUCAACAAAUACUCCUCAACUUCUCAAUCUAGAAGUUCCUGGUCUAAUUCUUUGAAAAAAGGUUUACUAGAUACCAGCCCAACGUCUUAUGAACCUGUUUAUUCGAAUGUACAUUAUAAACCUGCUGCCAAAACAUUCUACAAAGCCACAAUUGUGAAGAAACCUUUACCUUUGCCACGGGAAUCGUCUUUCCGAAAUGUCAAAUCGGAAGUCUCGGAAGUUGACAUUUCUGGCAAUAUGUCUGAAUCAGAUCAAAAUUUCAGUAAAGAAGAACCUAUAAUUUCUCAAGAUGCGAUUAAGAUAGAAGGAAAAAGGGCACAUACGGAUAUUUCUAAAAAAAUAGAAGAACUUAAAGCUGAAAAUGUAAUGUCUGAACCUUCAAUAGUGCCUGCUGCUAGUAUUCUCGCUUCAGCGUCAGAAAAUGAGGAAAACGAAAUUUCUCAAUCUAAGGAAGGCAAGGCCGCUAUAGAGUCUCAUUCCUCAUACGAUUCCUACUUGGAUCUAUUUAAAACUAAAGAAAGUGAGGAUUUUGAUAAUUUAAGAGGUAAAAAUCCCAGAGUUAAAUAUCCAGCUAGAGGUAAUUUUCAUCUGGAAGACAUAAUUGCAGAUGAAGAUGAUGAUGAUGAAGAAGAGGCAGCAGUCAGGCCUAAAAUAGUAGAUUUUGUGCCUCUAGACGACGAAACGAUUACAGCUUUUACCAAAGAACCAAACUCAAGUUAUGAUACUUUGGAACGUGAAAAAACAUUUCAAGUUUUAGAGGAAGCUGCGCUGAAAGGCGAUAACAAAGAGGCAAAAACUGAAGAUUCUGUAGAGGUCAUUGUACAAAAAUCCUCAACUACUAUUUCCAAAUCUAGUAGUAAGAGUCAUACAAGUAGCAGAGCGAGUUUUACUCAAGCAAAGAAGCUUUUUGAGGCACUUGCCGAAGCUAAUAAAGAGGAAAAGCCUAAUAUUAGUAAUCCAUUUUCAAGAACCAACGUUAGGGAGUCAAGAGGUUUAGAGGAAAUCAAGGGGUCUUCAAGUCAAGAUGGAGAAGGCGAGGCUUCAAAUAAACAAUAAUAAAUUGAUAUUGUUUCUUUUUUAAUUAUAAAUUUUAUUUAACUACCUACAAUAACUAGUCUUGAAUACAUUUUUGCUUUAUUAUUUUUUUAGAUUAAGGUUUGUUGAAUAAUAAAAAUGUCUAUGUUGAAAA